CAUACAAAAAAAAAAAGGAGUCUCCGAUGCAAAAACCAAAAUCCAAAGGCGGAGAAAUCAAGAACCAAAUGUCUCGUCUCUCGUAUGUAAUCGUUUCUAUCCUCUUCCUUUCUCCACUCGCCGCCGCCGCCGCCGAAUCAGAUACUCCGACGGCGUAUUCAGUCCUACAAAGCUACAACUUCCCUGUAGGAAUCCUUCCAAAAGGAGUCGUGGCUUAUGAUUUAGACACAACGACAGGCAAAUUCCAUGCUUAUUUCAACGAUUCGUGUAGCUUCUCACUUGUGGGUUCUUACCAAUUGAAUUACAAAUCGACGAUCAGUGGUUACAUCUCCGAGAACAAGCUCAAGAAAUUGACUGGUGUUAAGGUCAAAGUUUUGUUCUUGUGGCUUAACAUCGUCGAGGUUAUCAGAAACGGAGACGAGAUGGAGUUUUCAGUUGGGAUCACAUCGGCGAAUUUCGCGAUUCAGGAGUUCUUGGAGUCGCCUCAGUGUGGCUGUGGAUUUGAAUGCAAGGAUUCGAAAUUGGACUUGUUUGGGAGGAACCCUUUUGUAUCUUCGUCUUGAAAUUGGGAAAAGGUUCGAUUUUUUUUCUCUUUGUAAUUUGUCCCCAAAACUAAAAAGUCUUACCUUUUAGAAAAGAUCGCAUCUUUAAUGUCUUGUCCAAUAAAUUAUGAGCGUAGUUUCUGGAAUUCGUAAUUGUUUUACUUCAGUUCUAUUUAAGGGGUUCAAGUUCUUGUAAUGGUGAAAGUAAAGAUGGAUAUUGAAGGGAGAUGUGAACAUUGUGAAAUAUAUGCUCAAGACAAUGAUGAAUUUGGCUGAUUUUGUGAUC